GGUAAAAAUUGUAAAAAGCAUACUCCUCAUAAAGUAUCUCAAUACAAGAAGGGUAAAGAUUCAUUGUAUGCUCAAGGUAAAAGACGUUAUGAUCGUAAACAGUCAGGUUAUGGUGGUCAAACCAAACCAGUGUUUCAUAAAAAAGCCAAGACGACAAAGAAAAUUGUUCUUCGUUUAGAAUGUCAGAGUUGUAAGUAUAAACAUCAAGUAGCAAUUAAACGAUGCAAACAUUUCGAACUUGGUGGUGACAAAAAGACCAAAGGAGCAGCUCUUGUCUUUUAA